AUGACGCCCACACCGCCUUCGGCGACAGGGUCAUCUAUCGGCCGGUCGCCUGAGCCACAGUUCCGUGUUGUGCGCAAGAGAAACCGGGUGCCGCUCAGCUGUUAUCCCUGCCGAACAAGAAAGAAAUGUGACAGAUCUCACCCAUGUAGCAAUUGCACGAAACGGGAGGGAACUGGCACGACCUCCUGCUCAUACGCUACCCCCGUAUCUCGAAGGAAGAAUCAGACCCAAGGUGAACCAACCCCAGAUGACAUGCAGAACCGCAUUGAUAGGCUUGAGGGGCUUGUCUUGUCGCUGAUGCAUGGGGGUGCCAACGUCGACGUCCAAUCCCUUCCUGGCGGCUCCUCUUCCAUAUCUUCUGGUGGCGCGGCCUCGAACCCCUCACCUUCCACCGCAGACAGUAGCUCCUUACCGGCAAAACACGACAGCCAGGACGAUGACGGGGCGAUGCAGGAUGAGGAGAGUGAUGUCGACGAGGGACUCGCCAAGUCGUUAGGAGUUCUCAAGAUGGACCCGGUUCGGUCAAAACACGUGUACCUCGGGGAGGAACACUGGCACACCAUCCUCCACGAUAUCGCUGAGGUAAAAAACUACUUUGCGAACCACAAAAAGGACCUCGAGUCAGGCUACGAAAGGAUCAUGAAGGCCAAAUCACCUACCGCUAAACAGCCACCCACCCUCCUCAUGGGCGCGCCCCCGGCCACCGAAGUUGAACUCCGGGCGGAGCUACCCCCCAAGUCAACGGUUCUCGCGCUGGUCGCCAGGUAUUUCAGCUCGAUGGACAACGCUGCCAACUUUCUCCACGGCCCUGCUUUUCACCAGCAGCUCCGCAAUCACUGGCAAGACCCCUCCAAGACCCCGAUUAUGUGGCUCGCCUUGUUGUAUGCGGUUAUGUGUUUGGCGUUGAUAAGUUACCACAAGGUUGGAGACGAACCCGUGGAGUGGAAGGGUAGAGUGCUUGAGCUAGCCCAUGAGUAUCGACUGAGGACGGUGCAGUGUCUGAUCGCAGGCGACUACACAAAACCUGCACAGCAUACGGCGGAGGCCAUGAUGCUGUACGGCUUUUGCGAGUAUUCGUCACGCUGGGACGCCGACGUAGGUAUUUGGAUACUCGUGUCGAUGGUGGUAAGGGUGGCUAUGCGGAUGGGUUAUCAUCGGGACGGCAAGUGGUUUCCUACCCUUCCUCCCUUCGAGGCGGAGAUGAGACGAAGGACAUGGGCGUUUAUCAGGAUGAUGGACGUUUUCUUCUCACAUCAAUUGUCAUUGCCCAGCAUGAUAUCGGAGAACGACUGCGACACAGAAUUGCCUCAUAACAUCUACGACGAAGAGUUUGGCCCUGACACAAAAGUGUUGCCACCGUCUCGACCGCAGACGGAGCCCACGCCCAUUAGUUACAUGGUAGCCAAGGUCCAGAUGUGUAAUCUUCUCGGUGUCAUUGUUCAGGCCACGGGCCGGUUGCAAAAUCAGGUCCAUUACGACGACAUCCUCCGUUUUGACGCCAAGCUGCGGGAUCUCAAGGCCGCGUUGCCUCCCCACCUUCAGAUGCGACCGCUCGAUGGCUCACAUGUGCCCCUGACGUUGGUCAUGGCGCGGUAUCACUUGGACAUCCUCUAUCUCAAAGUCAUGUGUGUACUCCACAGAAAGUACAUCCCGAGAGCGAGAAACAAUCCUCGCUACGCCCACUCUCGGCGUACCGCCAUCGAGGCCUCGCUGGACAUGUUGCAACACCUGGCAACGCUUCAUCGGGAGUCGCAGCCGAGCGGGCUGUUGCAUCCAGCCAAGUGGUUCUUCGCUUCCGUCGCAACGAAGGACUUUCUUCUCCCCGCCAUGGUUGUCGUCCUGGACCUCCACUUUGACAACGGGAUCCAGGGCCCUGCGACUCAGCAGGACAUGCAAAGCUUAUUUUUCUGGACUCGAGAACAGCGCCAGGCGAUGAUCGACACACUAGAGCUGACACGUGAUAUUUGGAAGGGCCUGGCCGAUACCUCGAUUGAGGCAUUCAAGGCCUCUAGUGUUCUCGAUGUCAUGCUCCAUAAGCUCAAGAGCCUUGGCGGGGCGGAUGGCCCUCGGGUUUCCACCGAGGUGCCUGUCGGGCCGGGAUCGCAUGGGGGUGGGGGUGUCAGGGGCCCGACUAGUCUGGCCCAGGAGCAACUUCCUGGCGGGGUAUCAGCGAAGGACAUGCCUUCAGGUGGCCCAAUGCCACCAUCAUCAAUGGCUUACAAUGGAUCCCGAAGCUCUGUAGGUACGGCCUACGGCAUUCCUGGCUUGCCGCUCGGCGCCGCGAAUUCAGGGGUGAGCCCCGAUUCAAUUUCUGGUACGACUUUGGGCCUCGGAACCCCCUCGACUUUCGACUAUUCGGGUCCUAUGCUUGGCCUCGAGAACAUCCAGUCGCCACUGUCCAUGUUUGAUAACAUGGCAAACAGUAACUUGGACUUUUCGGGUAAUUUUGACUGGGAUUCGUUUGAAACUUUUACACAGACGGCAAAUUGGGGCGGCGAAUCUUUGCAGUUCUUCCCAGCUACAACGGAACAAUCACAGCAACAGCAGCAACAACCACAACAGCAACAACAACAACAACCACGGCAACGAGCUUCUGAAGAUGGAAAUACAUACCCUUACAACAUGAAUCUAUCGGGCACAAGUUGA